AUGGCGGUGGUCUGGAGGCUGAGGGUUGUUUGCGGUGCUCAAGGAGCCCGAGCUCUCCACUGUUCUGGUUCCCAGGCUGUAUCUCUCCACUGGACUGGUGAGAGGGUUGUCAGUGUUUUGCUCCUGGACCUGCUCCCAGCUGCUUAUUUCAAUCCUUGCUCUGCGAUGGACUACUCUCUAGCUGUAGUUCUCCUUCUCCAUGGUCACUGGGGCCUGGGACAGGUUGUUACUGACUAUAUCCAUGAGGAGGCACCCCAGAAAACUGCCAAGGCUGCCCUCCUGGCACUCUUGGCUUUAACCUUUGCUGGUCUGUGCUAUUUCAACUAUCACGAUAUAGGCAUCUGCAAAGCUGUGGCCAUGCUGUGGAAACUCUGA